UGGUUCUGUUUUGGUCGACAACGGGUGCGCAGAGAGACGGCGAGGCAGGGAGGGAGGGCUAGGGGUAGGGCUGCUUUCAGAAUUUUGGUUCCAGCUGGAGGCCAUUUCCGCAAGAAUUGAUGGGGAUGGAAUGAUUGUGUGCAGUUUGUGGGGUUGGCCGGUCAGGAAGGAGUUACUGAGGAAGGUAUGGGAGAGUUUGAUUUCUCUGUUUCCUCCCUUGAUUCAACAGUGGGGUGCUGCGGGCCAGAAGGGGAGAAAUUGGCAAUGGAGUAACUGGAAAGGAGAGAAUGUGAAUAUGAUUCAAAGACUCUCGUCGACUUUUAUAAGUUUCAUGUCCACUCCAGACAAAGAAUCGAACAAGUAUUACCUCGGUCCUGCUCCAUUGGAGGACAUGGCAAGGCAAAUUGCAACAGCUUUUGGGCCCUGCGGAAACAAUAGAGACUAUCUCUUUCUGUUGGAGAAGGCUAUGUUCGAUAUAGGCCAUGAAGAGGACUAUGUGAUAGAGCUAGCAAAUGAGGUGAGGAAGGUUCUUGGGAUAGCCGGAAAAGGAUUUCCAAAGGAGAAGAAGUUGGCCGGGCCAACCCACCUCCCGCUCAAGUCCAACAUCCCGGCCCUCCAACUGCACCCGCUGCCAGAAGCCAUCGCCAUGGACUCGUAACAUUUGAACACAGAUGAAGAUGCAGAUUGCUAACCCCAUAUAGCCAUCUCCCUCGUUUCAGAUUAAUAUCCUUUCGGCUUUUUUCAGUCCCCUCGUUUUGGUCAAGCUUAUUUUUCAGAGGAAUUUGAUGAUGC